AUGUUCUGGUCAGCCGCCAUGGAUCUCAAGACCCAACGGCCGCUCUCACGGCCAUCGUAUGGCUCCUUUUCCACCCGCGCAGCCAGCAGUAGCAUCCCCAGCAGUGGCAACAGCAGCAGCAGCAGCAGCAACAGCUUUUACAUUCCACAGAGCAUCCCCGAGCACCAACUGGUGUCGCAGUUUACGUCCCCUGUAGCUGCAGCACCGGAUUCCCGUCGCGGCCUCGUCGAAGAAUACGUCGAAGGGCCCCGCACAGCCCUCGCCCGGACGCGAGCGUUGCUGCAACAUUCGGGAGACACGCAGACCGCCCUGAAACAGCUGCUGCGGGGUUCCAGCAACGUGGUAAGUACGACGAACUUAGCGAGGACAGCGGCGCGGACGUCGACUCUGCUCGACUCAGAUGGAGCACGACAGCCGCUGCUGCUGAAGCCACGCGCGAACGAGGAGCCGAAUCCACAGGAGGACAGUGAGGAGCACAACUACUGGAUGCAGGAGCUGGAGCGGCGGCGCGCUGGGCUGAGGCGGAGUCGACGACGCACGUGUAUGGCAGCGCGUACCGCCACGUCGCCGUUUCGAGUGGGUGUUGUCAUGUUGUCAGUGCCGCUCGUGCUCGUGUUGGGCUUUGUCGUCUUUGUGGUGCUCUUUGGUCAGGCGCUGGAUGCGUCGAGCAGCAGUGGACCGAGUGGGGGAGUGGGGAUGAAGCAGGAGGCGAGUGACGGCGGUGAGGCACAUGGGCUCUCAGUUGAAGUGACGACCCGAGAAACGAGUGCGACGGUGGCGGCUCGUGCAGAAGCAGUAGCAGACGAGAACGGGAGCUUUGGGCGGAAGCUGUCGGCCGUAGUAACGGAUCCGAGUGGACUGCGCGGCGUUCAGGAGGACACUGGCGUGCAAUGA